GACCCAAAACGGCAGGGCAAGGCCCAUCGGGGAAAAGUGUAUCCGAAGCUUUCCUCGGGUUUUUAGAGGCUUCGCGCCAAGAAAUGAGGGCCUCGGCCCCCUUCCCCCCAGCAAUGAUGUGAAGAGGGUUAGACGAGUCCGAAAUUGUUCCUUUUGCUCGGUAAUUUCCUUUCCACACGGGAACUAUGGUACAGUAAUCUACCGUAAUGCCUUUUGAGGUGGAGCAACAGGGAGGAAGCGAAAGGAAGAGAAAAAGGGAUGCUGUCGUGUUCAUUCCUCAUUCCUUCUUUAUUUCCUCUCCCCCCGCUAUCUCUCUUUGUGCACUUUGGUGGUCCGACUCCACCGAACUGUUCCCGUUGAGUUCGGUUUCCUCCUUACCUUUGGCGUCUGUUGGGUUGUUGUCAACCGGAAAAAGGAGGCUUGGUGCAGAAAACACAUAUCGUACGGGUUCGAAGACCCCACCGACACGAACUACGGAUCCCAUUGCUCUGAAGGGAGUGCAAACUCGGAUCCCUAGAGGUUUGGAUAGGGAGUAGGGCACAAAAGUAUGGGUAGACCCAGACGAACGUCUUCCCUGGGGGAGGACAUCCGGGGUGACACUUCGGCUCCUGGAAUAUCAACCAUGAGCACAUCCCACGCGCAGGUAAUAACUCUUUUUGUUCCCCCAAACCCCAGCCCGGUGGUGGUGGUGCUGUAGACUCACAUUGUGUCGUUCCAGAGGGCCGCUUCACGAAGUCGACGCAGGGCUUUAUCCAAACCCCGGCCGGCAUCGAAAUCCCGAGCUCGGAGUUUUUUCACCUGGUACCGCGAGGUCUCUUACCGCAAGACAUGGAGUAUGUGCCCACCCUCGGCUUCCCAAAAUUUGAAUCAAAACACGAGCUUAACCUGGGAUCUGUAGUAAACCCCUUGGUGGCUAUGGCCCUGGUAAUCGGAGCUUACGGCUUAAACCCCACCCCCGAGAAUCCCUUUCAUGCUUGCAUUUUCUUAUCCUAUCCCGAGCCUCCGGAUCCCACCUCACACGCGCCCACGGAGACGCAGUAUGGUAAAGGGAGGAACGACUUUCUCUUUGUUCUAUUUUACACCUUCUUCUUCUCUUUCACUCGUGAGUUCCUCAUGCAGCAGGUCUUGCGGCCGCUAGCAAUCUGGUGUGGUAUCGUCAAGAAGUCCAAAGUUUCCCGGUUCAUGGAGCAGACCUACACCGCAGUCUAUUUCUCUAUCUUCGGCCCAUUCGGAUUAUACGUAAUGUCUAGAACGCCAAUUUGGUACUUUAGUACAACAGCAUUCUACGAAAGAUACCCGCACUAUACCCACACAGCCGAUUUCAAAACUUACUACCUCCUCCAAGCCGCAUACUGGUCGCAACAGGCGAUAGUCUUGAUGCUCCAGCUCGAGAAGCCGCGCAAGGACUUCAAAGAGUUGGUUUUGCACCAUAUCGUGACCCUCUCCCUCAUCGGUCUCUCCUACCGCUUCCACUUCACCUGGAUCGGAGUCGCCGUUUUCGUCACCCAUGAUAUUUCAGAUUUCUUCCUUGCAACUUCCAAGACACUGAAUUACCUCGAUCACCCAUUCACAGGCCCAUACUUUGCCUUCUUCAUUCUCAUUUGGAUCUACAUGCGUCACUACAUCAACCUGAAGGUCAUCUGGUCCAUUUUCACGGAAUACGAGACGGUCGGAGUCUGGGAACUCAACUGGGUCACUCAAGUGUACAAAUGUCGCAUCGCACAGGUCAUCACAGGCGGUCUUUUGGGUAGUCUGCAAGCAGUGAACCUCUUCUGGCUGUGGCUAAUCCUGAAGAUUGCGUGGAGGUAUGCCGUUAGCAACAUUGCCCAGGACGAGCGCAGCGAUGAUGAAGAUGAAGAGGAAGAGAGUAGUGAGAGUGUUGAGGCAGAGUAUGCACCCCCCUCCCCCCCCUCUCAUGAGUUUGUGCUGAUACGAGAAUAUGAAUAGCUCUCCAAAGCCGGAGAUCACCUGCAAAGACGAACGAGAGGUUAAGAAAAAGAUAUAAUAUCAUCAACACAUACCCACCAGUUAGUCCUUUCGGAAAAAGAGAAAAAGUCUUGAAUGACGUUGCCCGUAUGAUAUUAACACUGUCCUGAAUAAUAUAUUUCUUAUAUUAAAUCCCUUUUACCCCCCCGUUUUUGAUCUUCGGAUCUUUCUUUUCAGAACUUACGCUAGUUGGUCACUUGUACGUACUAUUUAAUGGAGGACUUAAUGAUCGGGGGGGUGUCAUGCAUGGAAAAGGUACGGGACAUAAGGUACGGAUAGUAUUAGGGACGGCGCAUCGAGUACUUGAGCUGGCAAGGAACGAUACACGAUAAUAUGAUAAUGGACUUCUGGCUAAGGCUCGAGUGGGAGGUUGUGUUCGAGUACCGGUAGUGGAUGCAAUAGGAUUGCUCUUUCUCUCCUCCUCCCUGAUAAUAUUAUGAUAUCAUGAAUAUCAUACCUUACAUUUUUACCUUUAUUCUCUAGGUGCACUCGGCCGGUAAUUUGUAUCGGCAUCGAGUCAUUUAUUAUCACUCGUUUUGAAAAUGAAACACGGCAUGGGAUAGUUGAAUGGGCUGGGAUGGGCUGGGGCGUGGCUGCCUCGGAGUGCAAUACCGGUACGCGAUACUCCACCCAUCACAUCGCGGGGUCAGAAAGGAUGCACAAAACGAGGCGGGGGGGGGGCAAUGGGAGUAAGCAGAUAAAGGAGGAACGAAAAAAAAAAGAGGCGCUUGCGAUCCCCCGUCUCCUGCUACGCAUAUCAUACCAGGUUUAUCAUCGGACCAACACGUAUAUAUUACUGCUCAUUGGUAUAUACAAUCAUCUGUUAUACAAUCAUCUGUACAAAUCAUGCGCAAGCCCGAAAAUGUGCCAUCCUCCUCGCCCGCUCCCGAAGGAGGGGGGGGGAGGGGGAGAGAAAGUGAAGCCGAAAAGGAAACCCAAAAAGCAACGCCCCAACCGAGAAUAGGAAAGCAGGAAACCCCCAAAAUCAACCACUACUGUGGCCACACCCACACCUUCUCCUCCUUCACUCUCCUCCCACUCCCCCAAUAUCCAAUCAUUUCCCGCCUGUCGUCCAAAAGCCUGGCAUACUCCAGCAUGAGCCGGAACAUGUACACCUCAAUAUCCUCCUUCCUCAGCACCUUCGCAGCCCACUCCCUCCCCUGCCCAGCCAGCCUCUUCCCGGUUGAGUCAUGAGUAGGUAUGUACACCUCUUCCCCCCCCUUCCUAUUCCCUAGGCCAAUAAAGUAUGUGAUAAUGGAGUAAAAGUCGUCAAAUCUAUUAUCCAUAGGAACGAAAUGCUGCCACGCAAACAAUCGACUGUCAUGCCAUUCCCUGAAUAUGGUGGCUUUAAUCCCUAGACUGCGACUUUUCAGCCACGCAUGCCAGCGGCCGGAGAAGCUGUGGCCGUCGAUAUCAGGGAGGUACUUGUUUAGGAAUUGGUCCGUUAGGGCGGUUGUUGCGUUUACUUCUUUUAGGAAGGAGCGUAGCCAACCGCAUUUUCUGUCUGGGACGCACCAAGCGAGUUCUGGGAAGCCGAUGUCAGUGUAUUUUUCCGAGAAGGGGGAUGGAUCCCAGUUUUUGAUCUCGGUGUAGGCCGGUGGAAUGGUUGUUAAGUUUAGGGUGGGUAGGGCAAGGCGGGUUUUUGUGUUGCGGAGGUCAGUACUAUUUGCGAGUUGGACGAAACGGUGACGGUGGAGGCGGCGCCAGGUAUUUAACUCUUGGCUCCCGCCCGAGGUCAUGCCACGCCAGAAGACGGUUGUGUGUUUGUCGUCCCAGGGCAUGUCGUUCUCUGGGCUGUAGGUGUAACGUGGGUCAUCGCUGUAGUACAUGUUUGCCGGGAAGAGGACUUUUUGGAGUGGCUUGUUAACAUCGAUGGAACAGAAGGUAGGAGGGGGUUAGUUAACGUACUAUCGUUAUUGACGUUGACCUUGCAUUCACUGAAUAUCGGAACUAGUUUCUUUGUAGCUACCAUGGUAGCAGGAGCAAACAGCAUACCAUGAAGGUCUUGGAUUGCUGGACCAAUAGUGCAUAGAUCACUGGAUAUAUUGAAGUUGGAGACUAGUCCGCCACUGUUCGGAAACUUGUAUUUUUCUUCUGCUACAGCUGGUUCCAUGGUCAUGUUAUUCCGUGCGUAAGAGUCUGGCGGGCAAGCUUUGCUCGCGAGAUUCAUGUAUGGUUCCUCUGAUGCGCUGAACCAUUCUGCUAUUGGGAAUGACAUGGAUUCAUCU